AUGGGUGUCCGAUCCUUUGUCAAGCGUUCUGCCCUGCUCGCACUCGCGGCAGGUGGCAGCCACGGCAUUCGCAUUAUUCAGUCUAAUGACGACGGCUGGGCCGAGCUGAACAUUCGCGAGUUCCACAGCAGGCUCAUUGAAGCGGGUCAUGAUGCCGUUGUCUCGGCUCCGGCUGAGAACAUGUCCGGCUCCAGCGACGAGGACCCAAAGCCUCGCACCGAGGCCUGCGAGUACAACAGCUGCCCAGCCGGCACCAACGAGACGUUCGGCAGCAACGCGACGGACCCGACGCUCAACUGGGUCAACUCGUUCCCCGCGACGUCGAUGCGGCUCGGGCUGAGCACGAUCGGCCCGGGCGUGUGGGGCGAGGGCCAGGAGGCCCAGCUGGCCAUCACGGGGCCCAACGUGGGCUCGAACCUGUUCGCGCAGGUGCCCUUCUCGGGGACCAUCGGCUCCGCCUGCUACGCGGCACACGAGGCCGGCGUCCCCGCCAUCGCCUUCAGCGGCCUCAGCGACUCGAACCUUGGUCUGCUGGGCGGCAACGCCGCGUGGAACACGACCGAGCCGCCAGCCAGCGCCGGCGUCUUCGCGGAGUUGGCCCUCAACCUCACCUCGCGGAUUAUUGACUCCGGCGCGCCCUACCUGCCCAACGACACGUACCUCAACGUCAACAUGGCGGCGCCGCUGGGAGCCUGCGCCGAUGCCAGCGCGUACAAGUGGGUGCUGACGCGCAUCGACCCUAGCGUGCCGCUGCUGUCGUCUGCGGACGUGCAGCGGUGUGGGCAGGACACGCUGCCACAGGAGACCAAGGUCGUGCAUACGGACGGGUGCUAUGUCAGUGUUAGUGUUGGUGACUGCAGCGACAAGACGACUGCGACGGCGGAUGUGCAGCAGGCUGUUGUUGACAAGAUCGGAGACAUGUUGACCUGCUUCUCUUCGUAG